UCCCCGUGAAUCGAUUUGUCCGCGGCCCGUUUAGGUGUUUUCCAGACGUCUCUGCGUCGCCGUCGCCCGUCGCCGUGCCGCAAACCAACAGCGUAUAAAAUAAUAGCUGUUGACGUUUUCGACUGAAAAAAAUGCCUUUACGCCAGUCGAACAGAUGAACGCCGCAAACGCCGUCCUUUGAGCUCAACCACUGUCCGAGGAGCAUACGCCGUCCAAGAUAGCACGAUGUUUUUCCCCCGCGUCGGAUUGCUGAUCACCUUAUUAGUCUUGCAAAUCAGCUUGUACCGAUGCGGUCUGCCACCACCGUCGAACGAAAUCACUCAAAACUUUCUGUGGAAUACUGAUGCUGUGGAGUGGAGAAUCGGCGAAUGGGAACCGUGCACCAGGUCCGAAGACACCGGCCUGAACGACAACCAGGGUAUACGCCGCAGGAAGAUCACGUGUGUCAUGGUCAUACACGACGGAAUAAAACUCGAGGAACCAGUCAAAACUGAAGACAGUAGUUGCCAAAAUCUAUCACCCGGAACACCUCCUGUAGAAAUAUGUUCACUUGAACAAAACCAAGACUGCGUAGUCACUGAGUACUCAAACUGGACAAUCUGCUGUGGAGGAACACAACGUAGGACGAGAAGUGUAGUAAUUGAGCAGAAAAACGAUGGAGCUAAAUGUCCGCCGCUGACAGAAUCGCGUGUCUGUGUACCGGACGAACCUUCGUGUUCGAACUACUAUCCAUUUGGUUUAUACCAACUGAAAGUCAAUCAAUGGCAGCAGUGUGUUCCGUUUUCCGAACAUACCAUGGGCGACAAUGAUGGCAUACUAAAUUCUGGCUCACAUUCAGAUACAUUUUAUAAACACUGGCCUCAAGUGGGCACACAAAAGCGAUCGAUGAGCUGUUUUGACGAGUCAGGCAUACUCGUUUCUCUCAGCUUUUGCGAAGACAAACAGUUACCCACCAACACCCGGGCAUGUAUCAUUGCUCAAGAUUGCGUUGUAAGCGAUUGGACCGAUUGGGAGAUUACGCAAGGCGGGUGUAUUAGCGCUGGUGGAAAAAUCCGAGCCGAAGAAGCGAUUAGGAAGCGUCAAAUUCUCCGUUUACACGAAGGGCAGGGCUCCCCAUGUCCUCAUCUCGUAGAAACAAGAACUACAAAAGAAAAUUUACCACUGUGUGCUGACAAAUAUAAAUGGCUAAUAUCAAGUUGGAGUAAAUGUUCACAACCAAUUUCUAAUUCAUCAGUUCAAUGUGGUGGUGGGCUUCAAUAUAGGAACAUCACUUGUAUUGAAUUUAUGACUGGUAAAUUUAUGGAUCCGUCAGUUUGUCGUAUUCUGGAUACACCACCAACAAUCCAGAGAUGCGAAAUACCAUGUCCAAGAGAUUGUCAAGUUGGACCGUGGAGUAAAUGGGGCCCUUGCAAGCCAUCAAAAUGUCCCUCUGACCUUGACAAUGAAUCACAAGAAGAAUUUGAAGUCGGAUACAGGAAAAGAACUAGAAUAGCAAUUGUACCACCUAGUGAAUACGGUGUACAAUGUCCCAGUCUAAAUGAAGUACAACCUUGUCAAAAUCCACAAUGUUACGUUUGGGAUUACGAGCAAUGGGGAAGUUGCACGCUUGAUGAACCUACUGAGAAAUGCGGUCCCGGACAAAGGAAUAGACAGGUGUAUUGCACUACACACGAAAAGGAAGUGGUACAUAACUCGUUGUGUUCUAAGCUCAAGCCGUCAGAAUCCGAACCAUGUUCAGUGCCGUGCCCAGAAGAUUGUGUGGUAUCUGGAUGGUCAGACUGGAGUGAAUGUUCCAUGGGAUGUUCCAUCGAAUCCGAUAUAGGCGUUAGAUAUAGAAACCGUACUGUAAUUGGACCUCCAGGAAAAACUGGACACCCGUGUCCGUCCAAAGAUGAUAUGGUCCAGUUUGAAAAUUGUAAUACGCACGGAUGCUAUGGACUGAGCUGGUUAGUCUUACCAUGGACAGACUGCAACGGAACAUGUGACCAUGGAACACAGACAAGAGAAGUUUGGUGCAUGAAAGGAAAUGAUAAAAAAGUCAAAGAUGAAAAUUGCAAGGAAUUACCGAAACCAGUUACUUCGAGAGAUUGUUCCAUAGAUUGUAAAAGUAAAAUAUGUGUUCUUUCGGACUGGAGCGAUUGGUCAGAAUGUCCUCAAGAUUCAUGUAUAAAUGAACAAACGGAUUUAACCAAAUUCAAACGUCAACGGAACCGAGUUAUUCUUGGUGGUGAAUCCUGUGGUCCAAUAUUCGAAGAGGAAUCGUGUCAAAUUCCAAAUAAAAUAUGCCCUAAAUUCAGUUUGGUUUUCGGCGCUUGGUCUCAUUGCGAACUAGCAGAAGGUGUCACCUGCGGCCAUGGCCUGAGAACAAGAGAUUUCCGGUGUAAAGAUAACGAUUCGCUUGUUCACGUUGAGCUGAAAAACUGUCUACAAAACUUAAACGUUACACCAAGUAGCGUUGAACGAUGUCACGUUGACUGCCAAACUCCGUGCCAGAUGACCGAAUGGUCACAUUGGUCGUCGUGCCCUCAGCCAUGUUCGGGUUUACGUACCAGAACCAGGGAGCUUAUUGGAGAUUCUAUAUCGCAUCCGGCUUGCAAAGGAAUACGUCUCGUUGAAACAACGAAAUGCCCGUGCUCUGAAUAUUUCCCGCAGCCUACUUCCGAUUGGUCGUUUUGUUUAACAAACGAAACCGACGGGUGUGGAGCUGGCACGCGAUAUAGGUCAUUGGGAUGUUACAACGUGGACAACCAUCUGGUCGAUCCAGCGCUGUGUGGUGGUAGUACAGGAAUCGAAGAAGAACCAUGUUUGGUACCGUGUUCGAUUGAUUGCCAAAUGUCUGAUUGGAAUGAAUGGGGUGUAUGUAAUAAGCUGUGUGGACCAGGGACGCAUCACCGUUAUAGAACCAUCGAACGAAACGCAGCAAAUGGCGGGAGACCAUGCGGUGAAACGGUACAAACAAAAGUCUGUAACACACCGUGUAACAGUUUCCAGUGGACUACCGAACCAUGGAGCCAGUGCAAAUUACCGGAUAAGGAUAAACAGAAAGGCUGUGGUGAAGGAGAAAUGUUUAGAUUAGUGCGAUGUAUUCACAUAAAUACUGGAAUAGAGUUGUCGGAAGAAUACUGCGAUUGGACCACACGACCAGAUGGAGUAAACUUGUGUACAAUCGCAUGUCCUGGAGAUUGUGUGUUAAGUAGCUGGUCGGAUUGGUCAAUUUGCCCAAAAGAUUGCCUAUCGUCGCAAGAACAACAGCGGACCAGGUUGUUACUCAGAAGCCAGAGCCCUACCGGAGCAAAUUGUCCAAUAGCCAUACAAACACAACCGUGUCACUUGAACUUCACAUGCUUUAAAUAUUCUUGGAAAACAAUAACAAAUGUAUCAUGUCUGCCUUUGGGCGGCAGUCCAUGUGGUGAAGGCAUGACUGUUGGAGCGGUGUAUUGUGAGAGGAGCGAUGGUAGAACUGUUUCAGACCGGUUUUGUGCCGAUCAGCCAAGACCAAAUCCGUUGGACAAAUGGUGCUAUAUCGAUUGCCCAGUCGAUUGCGCUCUUGAAGGCUGGUCACCGUGGAAUUCGAGUUGCUCUUGCAACGACACAGGAGUGUCACGCAGAGCUUAUACCGCUAUGAACCCGAGUGCAACGGGCAGACAAUGCCCCAUGACCGUCGAACAAUGGAAACCUUGUCCAGCCGUACCGUGUUAUAGUUGGUCGCUCGGCCCGUGGUCAGCAUGUCAACUUCAUGGAGCCGCUUGUGGACAUGGUGUGACCAACAGGAACGUGACGUGCGUGAGGACCAAUGACGGAGAAACGGUCGAGUCAACAUUCUGUGGCUCUUUGGGGCAGCAAAAACCGCUUUCCUGGCAGAACUGUUACGUGUCCUGCGGUCCUGGCUGCACCCUGUCCGAGUGGAGCCAGUGGUCGCACUGUCACGGGGAUUGCGAGAAGGAGACUAUUGGCUACGAGACGAGAUCCCGUACGGUAAUAUCGCAAUCGCCGGCCGGAACCACCGCCUGCACCGAUCCUCUGUGGGAGACCCGUGAUUGCCGCAUACCGCCUUGCAUGACCUACGAUUGGGCACUGACCCCGAACGCCGACGUCAUAUGCCGCAGAUCUGACGGGCUCGUGGUUUUGGAAUCUUCUUGCAACCAAUCGGAAAAACCAAAAUCAAUGUGCAGUACUUUGCAAGGCAGCUAUAUAUGCACCAAGGACAUUUGUAUGCCAGACGACAAAUUGCAAUGCGACCAGAUGACCACUUGGGAGCAGCUUAAACACGAUCCACGCGUCGUCGAAUACAUAUUUUGCUUUGGAUUUGUAGUAAAAAUGGUCAUCAUAAUUGGUGUGAUCCUCUAUUUCUUGCGUCGUUCAAAGAAACAAAACGAGUGCAAAUACCACAAACAACCGGAUUUAGCGUAAACUAUAAGCAACAUGGCAAACCGAACAUAUUUACAUAUUAUUAUAAACUAUAAUAUAAUACCACAUUUUUAAAAUUAUACAAUUUACUUACAAUUAAGAUAUCCCCCAUCAUUAGUUAGGUAUUAUCUAAAACUAACAUAAUUUAAUGAUUGAAUGAUAAUAAUUAUUUGCUAAACUUUAGAUAUUAUGGAUCAAUGAAUUUUGUUUUUUAUUAUUUUUUUUCUUUAGAAUAUUAAUCAUAUUAUAUAUUACACGUAUUAAAUAUUAUGAGGAACUUGAAUGUUUUGUAGUUUCUUAGAAUUUUUCUCGAAAAUGCAAAUCAAAUUUACUUACUUUUUCAUAAUAUAUAUAAUAAUUAUAAUAUAUACUUACUAUGGUUAUGAAAAUUUGUUCAACUGUUUGUUUUAAUUCUUGUUCAUGUUUUUGAAUUUAUGUUUUUGUUAUAUGUUAUGUUAGCAUGUAUUACAUUUUUUUUUAUCAUACAUAAAUAUUACAUAAUACG